AUAUAUAGUCCCAACUCCCAAGCUUCUUCUCAAACUUCACCUCAUAAUUUUUCUAAUCAAUGGCUUCAAUCUCUCUACUUCUUCUUUUUCUUUCACUUUUACAACUACAUUGCACUCUAUCUACUGGGAACAACCAUAUUAUCCACAGAAAAUCCUUAGAAAUCAUUUCCGGCAGGGGUGUCGGUGGAUUUCCACCACCGUUACCUUCACCGCAACCAAAACCUGAAGCAUGCCCUCCUCCACCGCCUCCUCCACCGCAACCAAAACCUGAAGAAUGCCCUCCUCCACCUCCUCCUCCAUGCCCUCCUCCACCGCAACCAAAACCUGAAGAAUGCCCUCCUCCACCGCCGCCUCUUCCUCCUUCUCCUCCACCGCCUCCUCCUCCACCGCCUCCUCCUACACCCUCCCCCAAAACACCACCACUUCCUCCGCCGGAGUCGAUACAUUCACCACCCAAAGCACCGCCUAAACCACCGAAAUCACCACCGCUGCCGCAACUAACUUUUGCGAGUCCACUACUAAAGAAAGUCUACCCAGUCCUCCAAGCUUUCAAGAAACUAGUCGAAGUCGAUCCAAAGAACAUUCUUGCUUCUUGGAAUGGCUCCGACAUUUGCGGCAAAUACCGCGGACUUGAAUGCGCUAUAUUCCCUGGAACGAAAUAUCAAGCAGUCGCCAGCGUCCAGUUUAACGGGUUUAACUUCUCCGGCAAGAAACUUCGAUUAGAUAACUUCCUCGACAAGUUAGAAACAGUCACCAUCUUUCACGCAAACUCCAACAACUUCUUAGGCUCUGUCCCUAAAGUCAGCAACUUGAAUUACUUAUUCGAGCUUGACCUAAGCAACAACAAACUUACCGGAGAAUUCCCAGCUUCUGUCUUAAAAGCAACGAAUCUCACGUUUCUCGAUCUCAGGUUCAAUACUUUCUCCGGCUCUGUUCCACGUCAGGUCUUUAAUCUCGAUCUCGACGUCUUGUUCAUCAACAACAACAAUCUUGUUCAGAAACUUCCACACAAUCUUGGCUCCAUCACCGCUCUUUAUCUCACAUUCGCCAACAACAGGUUCACUGGUCCGAUUCCUGCUAGUAUAGGCAACAUCAAGUACCUACAAGAAGUACUUUUCUUGAAUAACCAGUUAACCGGAUGCUUACCAUAUCAAAUAGGCAAGCUAAACCGAGCCACUGUUUUUGAUGUUGGGUAUAACAACCUAACCGGUCCCAUACCAUAUUCUUUCGGUUGCUUAGACAAGAUGGAACAACUCAACUUAGCCAGAAACAAAUUCUUUGGAACCAUACCAGAGAUCGUAUGCGAGAUUUCUAGUCUCAAAAACCUCUCCCUCUCCUAUAAUUUCUUCACUCAGGUCGGUCCAAAAUGUAGGAAUCUCAUCAAGAAAAACAUUCUCGACGUUUGUAUGAAUUGUAUACUUGAUCUUCCUAACCAGAAAACGCCACUGGAAUGUGCUAACUUCUUCAUGCAGAAACAUAUAUGUCCUAAUUCCAAGUCCAUGUUUCGGAUCCCUUGUGGUAAAAAUCCCAACCGGGUCACACUGGAUCAAGAACAGUUGGAGGAGGAACAAGCUCAAGCUUCUCCGAUAUCUUACUGGGCACUUAACCCAGACCGGAUUCGAAACAGAUAAUUUUUCUUUGAUGUAUUAUGGCGUGUUACAAGUGUUUAUAAACACUAUAUGAACUGAGUAAAUGAUUUGUUCAA